GCCAUUGAAUUGAAUUGAAAAUUUCCAUAAUUAGUACUCUAAAUUUUAUUAAUACAAGUUGCACCAAAUCCCACUCUCUCACUCUAGAAAAAUGUAUCAUCGAUUCUAAUCAUACUCCACUUUGUUUCUCUCUCUACAAAGUAAAAAGCAGUCACUGGUUUUUUAAUCUUUCCGGCGAGAGAUAUGCUGUCUCCGACGCUGUUCCCUCUCUUCUGCGCUUUGUUUCUCUGUCUACCAGUCGCAGUCAUCUUCACAGUCCAGCGAGAACUCACCGGCGUCGCCUCGCCGGAGUUUGGUUUCCGCUCUCUCUCCGUCUUCUCUCUUUACGCCCGAAACGUCCCCGACGCUUCUUCUCCGCCGCUUCGUAUCGCACCUCCUAUCCCCAAAGACGACGAACCGCUUCUCCGACUCGCUUCACAAGUAAACCCGAAUCACCCGCCCGGGUCGACCCGGAAAGUGGCGUUUAUGUAUAUAACCACGACGCCUCUCCCGUUCGCGCCUCUGUGGGAGAUGUUCUUCAACGGAAGCUCCUUCAAGGAUCUCUACAAUGUCUACAUCCACGCGGAUCCGACCCGGGACUACGACCCGGUUUUCUCCGGAGUGUUUUCAAACCGGGUGAUUCACUCAAAACGCUCGGAGCGAUACACACCAACUCUCGCCGCUGCGGCGCGUCGGUUAUUGGCACACGCGCUUCUCGACGAUCCGCAGAAUUACAUUUUUGCCCUCUUCUCGCCUUCGUGCGUUCCCAUCCGCUCAUUCGACUUCACUUACAAGACUCUUGUCUCCUCACGGAAGAGCUUCAUCGAGAUACUCAAAGACGAGCCGUGGCAGCUCGAGAGGUGGGCGGCGCGCGGAGACGACGCGAUGCUCCCCGAGGUGAAGCUGGAGGAUUUUCGGAUCGGGUCUCAGUUCUGGGCCUUGACGAGGAGGCACGCGCGCAUGGUGGCGCGUGAUCGGCGGAUAUGGGAGAAGUUCAACAAGACGUGCGUGAGGGAAGACACGUGCUAUCCCGAGGAGAAUUACUUUCCCACCCUUGUGAAUUUGAGGGACCCGCGCGGGUGUGUUCCCGCUACUCUGACUCACGUGGACUGGACCGUCAACGACGGAGGUCACCCGAGGAUGUACGAGGCGGAGGAAGUUGUGCCUGAGCUGAUCGUGCGGCUGAGGAAGUCUAGACCGAGAUACGGUGAGGAUGGAAUCAACGGUUCAGAUUGGUCUGUGAGUAAGCGGAGUGAUCCUUUUCUGUUCGCUAGGAAGUUUUCUCCUGAAGCGCUCGAGCCGUUGUUGGGUAUGGCUAGGAGUGUGUUGUUCAAUGACUCGGCUUGUGAUGCGUGAAUGGUUCGCUGAUGCCGUUGUUGUAAAUUUAGGUUUAGUUUUUGUUUUAAAGUUGGAUAAAAUAAAUGUAAUUAAAAGGGUAGCUGGGAAAAACAAAAAAAAACCCAGUCUAUCAUUAUCUUGUUUGAUGCUGAGUCAGACGUAAAAAAUUA